GCAAACUCCAUGGCAAACGGUCUUUUUUUUUUGGCUGUGAAUAAAAUGGAAAGAUACGAGCAGGAGGGAGAAGCAGAAGCGACAAUUAAUCCAUCAAAAUCCUACAUGCUGAAGGAGGUGAAGAUGAAGGAAAGAUUGGAAUUGGAAUUGGGAGAAUCUGAAAUGGAAGAAAACGUAGAGCUACUGAUUUCGCAAGAACAGAGACGCCCAUCUUCUAUCAUCACGAAAUUAUACGUUGGCCACUUUUUAGCCAGAUGGGGUGCUAGAAUGUGGGAGUUCUCGGUUGGUCUGUACAUGAUUAAUGUGUGGCCAGACUCGUUACUUUUUGCAGCACUAUACGGUGCCAUUGAAUCUGCUUCCACUGCAUUUUUUGGUCCCCUUGUCGGGAGAUUGGUGGAUAGAUUGGCAUAUGUGCAGGUUUUGCAGCUGUGGUUGGUGAUGCAAAAUAUCUCUUUCCUUAUUGCUGGGAUCACUGUAGUUGCAUUGCUUGUCUACCCAUCUUUGAGGUUCACUAAUUUCCCAUGUUUCAUUUCGCUGGUGGUGAUAACUGACAUCUGUGGAGCCAUUGGCGUGCUUUCAACUCUUGGUGGCACCAUCUUGAUCGAGAGAGAAUGGUUGGUGGUUAUAUCAGAAGGACAACCACCAGAAUUGCUGACAGAGAUGAAUUCAAUUACGAGGCGCAUUGAUCUAACCUGCAAGCUACUUGCCCCUGUGGUAACUGGGUUCAUAAUAAGCUUUGUAUCACUAAAAGCAUCUGCCAUAACAUUAGCACUCUGGAAUACUCUAUCUGUUUGGGUGGAGUAUUGGCUUUUCACAUCUGUGUAUAAUGGGAUCCCAUCUUUAGGCCAAAGCAGCGCCAGGAGGAUGACAAGAUUUGUACUGAGCAAUCAGGAAAAGAGUGAGCCUUAUUCUUCGAAGGAGGACAGCUUGCUCUCUCAUUCUGUUGAUUCCUCAGAUUUGAGAGAAAGAAAAUGGAGGAAGAAGAUUGUAGACUGGAUUUUUGAGAUCCCAUAUAUUGCUGCAUGGAAAGUGUACCUACAGCAAGAAAUUGUCCUUCCAGGAAUAGCUCUGGCUUUGCUAUUUUUCACUGUGCUAAGCUUUGGUACUUUGAUGACUGCCACAUUGGAAUGGGAAGGCAUACCAGCAUAUGUUAUAGGAAUAGCACGAGGAGUAAGUGCUGUGAUUGGAAUAGCAGCAACAGUUGUGUAUCCAGUUUUACAGUCUCGUAUAUCCACGAUUAGAACUGGACUUUGGUCUAUCUGGUCUCAGUGGACUUGCCUGCUAUCAUGUGUUGCUUCAAUCUGGAUUCAAAAUGGCUUUCUAGCAGCGUAUGUGCUAAUGGGAGGAGUAGCCGUAUCUCGGCUUGGCUUGUGGAUGUUUGACUUAUCUGUACUUCAACAAAUGCAGGAUCUUGUUCCUGAGACCGAUCGGUUGGUUGUUGGAGGUGUUCAGAGCUCACUUCAGUCUUCAAUGGAUCUAUUGGCUUAUGUUAUGGGAAUUGUUAUAUCCAAUCCACAGGACUUCUGGAAGCUGAUUCUGUUAUCGUUUCUGGCAGUCACAAUGGCUGCUUUCCUAUACUGCAUCCACGUGUACCGUGUGCGUAAACACUUAUUUCACUUCGAAAAAAUUCUGGGUUUUAAAUCUUCUGUUAACGUAGUUCAAGUUUAAGAAGACAUGCAUAUCUAAUGUUUGAAGGGAAUGCUGUGACACCAGUUUUCUUCAUGGUAUAGCAUCACUGUUCACUGAGGC